AUGGUAUGUGUUGCGCAAGGAAUCACCGGCCGCACCAGGCCGACAAAGGUCAAGAAACAGGCAGGUGCGCAGAAGAGAAAGCGCGACCAUGUCGAUGUUGAGCAGUUGGACGAUGCGGUCGCCGAGCUUGACCUCAAAGACGGCGCGUACAAGGACUUCACCGACCUCCCGCUCUCCGGCGCAACCAAAGCUGGACUCAAGGCGGCGCAUUUCUCCAUGAUGACGGAUAUCCAGGCGAAAGCAAUCCCUAUCGCACUCAAAGGCCACGAUAUACUGGGAGCCGCAAAGACUGGCAGUGGAAAGACCUUGGCCUUCCUCAUUCCUGUCCUCGAAAAUUUGCACCGAUUGCAACACAUUGGCGCCGAUGCUGGCUUGGGCGCCUUGAUUAUAUCUCCCACGCGCGAACUCGCGAUUCAGAUCUUCGACGUGCUGCGCAAGAUCGGAAAGCACGGCCACAUGUUCGCAGCUGGUCUCGUUAUCGGCGGGAAGAGUCUGGAAGCCGAGCGUGAGGCUCUUACGAGGAUGAACAUUCUGGUCGCCACCCCCGGCCGAAUAUUACAACACUUGUCGCAAACGGCUGCCUUCAACGUCGACGACCUUAAAAUGCUAGUUCUGGACGAGGCCGACCGCAUCCUUGAUAUGGGGUUUCAGAGGGACGUUGACGCUAUACUAGACUAUCUCCCCAAGGAACGCCAGACAAUGUUGUUCUCAGCUACGCAGUCCAGCAAAGUCUCUGAUCUAGCUCGCCUAAGUUUACACGAACCAGAGUACGUAUCCGUGCACGCCGAGGACAAAUCUGCCACCCCGAAGACCCUGCAGCAGAACUACUUCGUUUGCCCGGUCGAGGAGAAGCUGGACACACUCUGGAGCUUCAUUCAAGCAAGUAAAAAGAAGAAGAUACUGUGCUUCUUUUCUUCGGCCAAGAUGGUCCGCUUUGUAUACGAAUCCUUUCGCCACAUGCAGCCAGGUAUACCUCUGCUACACAUUCACGGUCGCCAAAAACAAGGGGCUCGACUCGAUGUAACUACCAAGUUCGGGGCUGCUAAAGCCUCCUGUCUAUUUGCUACCGAUGUUGCAGCGCGUGGUCUUGACUUCCCUGCUGUCGAUUUUGUGAUACAGGUAGACUGUCCUGAAGAUGUGGAUACUUACAUCCACCGCGUCGGUCGGACAGCGCGCUACCACCGCGAGGGUCGCGGUGUCUUAUUCCUGGCUCCAAGCGAGGAGGAGGGCAUGCUGAGACGGUUCGAAGCCAAAAAGGUUCCUAUCGAGAGCAUCAACGCCCGGCAAAAGAAGAAGCAGUCCAUCAAGAGCCAACUGGUCCAUAUGUGUUUUAAAGAUCCUGAACUGAAAUACCUUGCACAGAAAGCUUUCGUCACAUACACCAAGUCUCUGUACGUGCAAAAGGACAAGGAGAUCUUCAACAUCAAGAACUACGACCUGGAAGCCUUCGCCGCGAGUCUCGGUCUUCCAGGUGCACCGAAGAUUAGAUUUCUCAAGGAUGAUGACGACAAGAAGAGGAAACACCAGUCUCGGCAAGAACUCGCGGUCUCUGAUUCAGAUGAAGAGGAGGCUGAAGGCAAACAAUCCAAAACGGUGCGGACGAAGUAUGACCGCAUGUUUGAGAGGCAAAACCAGAACAUCCUUGCAGACCACUACAAGAAGCUUGUUCAGGACGGUGAAGCGGAGGGCGCAUCGGACGAGAAUGACUUCACUGGCGAUGCACCCAAUGUUGGCAAAGACGAUGACGACUUCCUUGCUGUCAAGAGAAGAAUACCUGCUGAGGGAGAGGAUGCGGGUGCGGAAGGCGCAGACUACGACGACCCCACGGCAUCGAAAGGCAAGGUCAUCCAUCUGGCUGGUGCAUCACAACCCCUUAUCAUCGACAGCAAUCGCCGCGAGAAGCUUCUCAAAUCUAAGAAGAAGCUGCUCAAUUUCAUGGACAAGGGCAAGAAGCUCAUCUACGAUGAUGACGGCAAUGCUCACGAAAUGUACGAACUUGAAGAUGAGGACGACUUCCGUGCCAAGGGUCUACCCGAAGAGCAGCGGCAGAAGUUCCUCGAUGCCGAAAGGGACGCUGUUGCUCAGGCCGAUGUGCUGGAUAAGGCAGCAGCAAAGGCGAAGAGGAAAGAGAAGGCGCGGAAACGGAAGGAGCGAGAAAGGGGUGAGAUGGGCGUGGGAAGUGACGAGGAAGGGGGCGUCGAGAUUGCCGAUGCUGACGAGGAUGCUCUUGCAAACUUCAGGGCGGACAUACUCAGCGACAACGACGACGAUGAUGAAGACGACGACGAGCAGCCGCAGAAGCAGGGCAAGAAGUGGUUCCAGUCAGAUUCGGAAGAAGAAGCCGCGCCUAGCAAGAAGCGGAAGAAGUCAAAGAGCGUUCGGCACGUGGAGGAGCCGCAAACGCUGGAGGACAUGGAGGCUUUGGCUGCGGGUCUCCUGUCCUGA